ACUUCGCGCCUUAAAUUGUGCAUGCCAUUGGGUGGAGUGUGCUGUUUCCCGCCAGUUGUAGUAGCAUACGCGUCUGUAGCGGAAGGAGUAUCACUUGUUGCUCGUGGAUUUCUCUUAUUAUUUGUCGUUGAAACAUGUCUGGCCGUGGCAAAGGAGGUAAAGCUAAGGGCAAAGCCAAAUCUCGCUCUAGCCGAGCUGGCUUGCAAUUUCCAGUAGGCAGAAUUCAUAGGCUUUUGAGGAAGGGAAAUUACGCAGAGAGAGUAGGUGCGGGUGCUCCGGUUUACCUCGGCGCUGUUAUGGAGUACUUGGCAGCUGAAGUUCUUGAGUUGGCUGGUAAUGCCGCCAGAGACAACAAGAAAACAAGAAUAAUUCCAAGGCAUCUGCAGUUGGCGAUUAGAAAUGACGAAGAAUUGAAUAAACUAUUGUCUGGUGUCACAAUUGCACAGGGAGGGGUUUUGCCGAAUAUUCAAGCAGUUCUUUUGCCUAAAAAGACAGGACAGGCACCAGCAGCAGGAAAAACGGGUAAAUCGUCAAAGACCCAGAGCUCCCAGGAGUAUUGAACCUGAUAUUCAUGUUAAUGUUGGUUGUCACAUUUAGAUAAAGUGUACUUACGUAAAUUUUUGUCUAGUUGUGUGAAAGACCUUAAGUUUGAAAAUUUGUAAAUUACAGCUGAAAAUUUUAAUGUUCAACUUGUGUUGUUUGUUAAUUGUCAUGUUGCAUGUUUUUCCUGUAUUAACAAUCUUAAAUAUGAUUUAACAGAAGAUUUCAUCUUAAUGAAUCAUUAUAUUUGUUCUGUCGUGUACUGUGUAGAUAUUGUGAGAAACUGAUUUAUUCUUUAAAUAAAAUACUAAAACUUGA